GCUGUCUGGUGAGUAAACAUCUAUAAAAAAAAAAUCUAAUAAUAGAAUUAUACAGGUUGAAUAGAAUAGAUAGUGGAAAUAAUGAAAAAACGAGGAUUUGCAGUUAAAUUUUGAAAAUUCCGAUUAAAAAAAACAUAGACGGAGGCUACAACCGUUUAAUAAUUAAUAAAUGAAUUAAUUUAUUACACAGAUUUUGCUAAAUAAAUCCUAAAACUAAGCGAUGCCCAUCCCCAAGCGUUGUACAUUAAAACGUCGAGUACACAGCAGCUAUGCAUUGUUGGGUGUCGCGGAGCGUUUACGUCAUCGCUUAUUGUCGCAGGAUUUCUACGUCAUAUAAAAACAGCCGCUAAUAUGGCGGCCGUUAAUAAUGUAUUAAUGAAAACAGUUGCGGCGGACAAAUAAAGCCACUCGGACAAACCUGCACCUUCAAUGCUGAAGCAGAACUUGAUGAACCACAAUGCCUCAGAAGAUCCUGAAGAGCGCUCAUUACAUAGAGCUGGGCAGCUAUCAGUACUGGCCGGUUCUCGUGCCCAGAGGCAUCCGGCUCUACACUUAUGAACAGAUCCCCGUGUUCCUGAAGGAGAACCCGUACAUUACAGACGGGUACCGAGCACAUCUGCCUUCUCGGUUAUGUCUGAAAAGCAUAUUCAUUCUGUCCAACGAGACGGUGAACAUCUGGAGCCAUCUGCUGGGCUUCGUUUUGUUCUUCUUGUUGGGGGUGAACGACAUGUCCACAGUGUUACCGGCUGCAGGAGCCUCCAGAGAGGACUACGUCAUCUACUCCAUAGGGCUGUUUUGCUUUCAGGUGUGUAUGCUGUGCUCGGUGGGUUAUCACCUGUUCUGCUGCCAUCGCUCGGAGAAGACGAGCCGCCGCUGGCUGGCCCUGGACUACGCCGGGAUCUCGGUGGGAAUUCUGGGAUGCUACGUCCCGGGAGUGUUCUACGCCUUCUACUGCGACGGUUUCUGGAGGCAGGUGUACCUCAUCACGGUCCUGGCUCUGAUCCUGGCCGUGUUUUCGGUUCAGAUCCACCCUCUGUACCACACUCAGGAAUGGAAGACGCUGCGCUCGGUUAUUUUCUGCUCCGUGGCGGUGUACGGCGUCAUCCCCGCCUGCCACUGGGUGUGGCUCAACGGAGGCUUCCACUCCGAGAUCGUGCAGGCGUUUUUUCCACGAGUCAUGGUCAUGUACGUGAUCGCUGCCUCAGCCUUCCUGUUCUACAUCAGUAAAGUCCCCGAGCGCUACUUCCCAGGCCAGCUGAACUACCUCGGUGCCAGUCACCAGCUGUGGCACGUUCUGGUGGUGCUGAUGUUCUACUGGUGGCACCAGACCGCCGUCUACAUCACACACUACAGGCACAGCGAGCCGUGUCCGAGGUUCAGCUAGUUCCGCUCUCGCUGCAGGAACUUCUAACUCACGAAGACGCGAAACAACAUUCUAGCUCAUCUCUUAACAUGCUAUAAAGUGUGCCUGGAGAAACUGGAUUUUAGAUAUCUCCCUCUUUAGCGCAAACGUAACGUACUCGAUCAGCCGGGACGCGAUUUACGUUUGACGUUUCCUUCUUUUGUCUUUUUGCACUGGAGAUACAAGACUGAUGUUGCUAAACAUAAGAAAGGCUUCGACAGACUCGAGUAGGGGGCGUGGCCUAAAGAUUGAAGUUCACAUUUAAUGAUUCGUUGAAUUUUAUUUUUAAACGAUAAACCGGGUACCUAUGUGUUAGCUACAUUAUCUUUGCAGCUCAAGUGCGAAACUACAGAAGCAAACUUUAGACAUCUUUGCCGGUCGUGUGUCGUUUCGGAUGACGUGGAAAAUGUAAGUCGUGUCGCAACGAUUCAAAAACCUACCUUCCACCCAGAACCGAACACUUUUGAGCAUUAAGGACUUGAUUGUUAAAGUAAAUGAGCCAAUAUACUGUAAAUCUGCCGGAAAACUUAACGUAAGCUGACCUGAAUGUGAAACCUUCGGUCGUACGCGUCUAUUAUAAUAGCGUCGUUAUUGUUUAUUUUACAUCGUUGGUCCGUCGUUAAUCUAAAACUCUAAAGAAAAGAAUACACCUGGGCCGACGUUUAAUCGGACAUUCGAUACGUACUACACAAUCGAUUACGCAGUUGCACAACGUGACGUAGUGCGCUAUUAAAGGUGCAGUCAGUGAUUUUUAACUUUUUGAAAUAUUUGUCAAAGAUCACGUGUUCAAAAAUAUUAUUGUUUAGAGGAGAAACCGCGAUCUCUCCGUGACACCGCAAGGUGUAAACGAGAAAAAACAACAACGCGUGAUAAGGACCAAUCAGAACAAAGAGGCGUCUCUACUAUUCCAACAUGUUGUGUGUUUUAUUCCUCUUAUACUACAGCGAUGUGGCCAGUUUCUGUUCUCACUUAGUAGCUCUAAACCAUUGGUCGACAGUUGACCAAUCAGAACAAAGAGGCGUCUGACGUAUGUUGAUUUAUACAAUAACAACACGUCAUACUCUUUUUUUUUUUUUUUUCUUUUUUUUUUUCUUUAAAUCCGUUUAUAGUUGCGUUUAACAUUGUAGAGCGUCCACAAAACAACCUGGUUCCUGUUACCAAAAAGAAAAGGAAAAAAAAAACGCACGUCACGUUACCGAAAAAUUUUACAUCUUUACGUCGGACUGUUACAAAGCGCUGACACUGGAGACUCCUUCCACAGAUGUUAAAUAAACGUUUAUUCUCUUUACGGAAAACUUCACCACAUGAACGAUUCUUUAGAAAUCUGUUUAUUGUUUGCGUGGAGCGCCCGCCGUGCACAUCCCUCUGGACGAGCUGUUACUAUAGAAACGACCACGUAUUGAAUAAUCGAACCUGUGAUUUGUAGAACACAAAUCAACACUUUCUGACCAAUCAGAAUGCGAUUUGAGAGAAAAUGUUUAGGUAGAGCAGUGCAUUUAUAAUAUUUUGUUAGUAUUGUCAUUGUUUUCGUCCCCCCCCCCCGAGAGUACCUCAUAGCCUAUUGCAUAUUUGCCUUUGAACACACCACAUGGUCGUUCGCUGUGAAUAUUUCAAAAAGGUCAAAACUGUUUGUUUUUUUUUUAACUGUUUGGAGUUUUUAACUGUUUGGAGUUUGUUACGUAAACUUUAUUUUUUUCCACUGAGCCUUUCACACAAAGCACUGAGUCUGCGUCCGGGUGCUGUACGUGAUGUUCCCAUCACUUUCGCUGGACAUUCAGAUAUUCACCUCGUGCUGGAAGGCUUUUUGAGUUAUAAGUGCUCAUGAUGAACAAUAGUUCUGGAUUGUAUUGUACUGUAACUGCUGUAUAUUGGGUAUUGGGUUCCUUCCUUAUUCUUAUAGAGAUCGUAGGAACAGUGUGCAUGCGAACAAAUGCUUGGUAAGGGGCAAAUACAUUUAAACAGUCCUCGAUUUACUCUUUGAAUGUGACCAUGGACAUUUAGCAUGGUGUAUAUAUUUGAAUCAUCGCAACCAAAACUGUAUUAACAUCGGUGUUUCUUCACUUCUGCCUUUUCUUUCAAAUAUAUAUAUAUUGUAUAUAUAUUAUAAUUAUAU